GUGCUUCGCCAACAGGAAGUUCAGCUGUAGUGUGUUUAGUUUCUGGAGCGAUGGCGGAGAACAUAGACGGAGAGAGUGCUGGACUCGGGGAGAACAGGAUGGUGUUACAGCAGGCGUUACAUUUUCGUAGCCCUGCUCCACCACCUACCACAGUUUUGCGAGGACCUCCACCAUUACUACGACCCCCACCUCCACCCUUUGGCAUGAUGAGAGGACCCCCACCACCCCCUAGACCCCCUUUUGGCAGACCACCGUUUGACACCAGUAUGCCACCUAUACCCCCACCCGGAGCUUUGCCCCCACCCAUUGGACCCCCACACCUGCAGAGGCCACCGUUCAUGCCCCCACCAAUGAGUAACAUGCCCCCUCCUCCUGGUAUGAUCUUUCCACCUGGAAUGCCUCCAUCGCCAGGAACUGGAGCGGUUUCAAGCUUGACUAGUGAUGAAAUCUGGGUAGAGAACACCACACCAGAAGGAAAGGUAUAUUACUACAAUGCCCGGACACGUGAGUCAGCCUGGACCAAACCAGAGGGAGUAAAGAUCAUCCAGCAGUCGGAGCUCAAUCCUCUAAUGGCAGCUCAGUCUGGAGGAGCUGCAGCAGCUCCUAACACCGCUGCCUCUACUGCAGCAAGCAGCGCUACUACGGUUGUGCCCGACCUGGUCUCCAUUCAGAGCCUGUCCCCCACCCACACCCUCAGCACCAGCCCUGACCCCACUACCAGUCCAGCCCCCACUGCCUCUCAACCCUCCACCAUGUCUGUUGUUUCUGAGAUGCCUCCAGUGGCCUCCACACCUCCUGCUAGUGUAGGUGUGACCCCUGUUGCUGUGGUCAGUGUUCCUACAGUAACCGCUACAGUCACUGCAGUGCAUACAAUGCCGCUGUUGCCUCAAAGUCUCCCUCCUGGCCUGUCCAUGGCCCAGCCGGCCGCUGCAAUCCCAGCAUUUCCCCCGGUCAUGGUACCUCCAUUCAGAGUGCCUCUACCUGGCAUACACAUCCCACUGCCUGAUAAGGACAGUGACAAGGCUAAAGAUGGCCAUAACAAUGGUUCAGUUUUAAAGGAUCUAGACAUGGAAGCCAAAGCUGGCAACUUUGGCAUUUCUAAAGAGUUGCCCAGGGAAGAAGAGAUGACAGAGGAGGAAAAAGCAGCACAGAAGGCAAAACCUGUAGCCACAAACCCAAUUCCUGGUACUCCCUGGUGUGUAGUCUGGACUGGAGAUGAUCGUGUGUUUUACUACAACCCCACCACACGACUGUCCAUGUGGGACCGACCUGAGGAGCUGGUGGGUCGUGCUGAUGUGGACAAAUACAUUCAAGAACCCUCCCACAAAAGGGGGGUAGAUGACAACAAGAAAAUAGGUUUCAACAAAGAGGAGAUUGACACAGCCAUAGAGGACACACUGGACGAUGAGCCUUCUAAGGCUAAGAAGAGAAAGAAGGACGAUAUGAAGGAGGCUGGCGCAGAGAAAGACGCGGCCGUGGAGGCCGAACUGAAGGCCGCUCGCGAUCGGGCCCUGGUGCCCCUGGAGGCCCGCAUGAACCAGUUCAGGGACAUGCUGCUGGAGAGAGGGGUUUCAGCUUUUUCCACUUGGGACAAAGAGCUGCACAAGAUUGUGUUUGACCCUCGAUAUUUGCUGCUCAACCCCAAAGAGAGGAAACAGGUGUUCGAUCAGUAUGUGAAGACUCGUGCUGAAGAGGAGAGGAAGGAGAAGAAGAAUAAACUCAUGCAGGCUAAAGAUGACUUCAGGAAGAUGAUGGAAGAUGCCAAACUUCACAUUAGGACCACAUUCAGUGAGUUUGCAGCAAAACACUCUAAGGAUCCUCGCUUCAAGGCCAUUGAGAAGAUGAAGGACAGAGAGGCCAUGUUCACAGAGUUCAUGACAGCCUUGAGAAAGAAGGACAAAGACGACUCCAAAAACAAAGUAGAAAAGGUGAAGCAGGACUUCUUCGAUUUACUGUCAGACCACCAUGUGGACGUCUCUCAGCGCUGGAGCAAAGUGAAGGACAAGCUGGAGACGGACCCGCGCUACAAAGCCGUGGAGAGCUCAGCUGCUAGAGAGGAACUGUACAAACAGUAUGUGGAGAAGCAGGCGAAGAACAUGGACGCAGAGAAGGAGAAAGAGCUGGAACGGCAGGCUCGCACCGAGGCCAGUCUGAGGGAGAGAGAGCGGGAGGUGCAGAGAGCUCGGUCUGAACAAACCAAAGAGAUUGACAGAGAGAGAGAGCAGCAUAAACGAGAGGAAGCUGUCCAGCACUUUAAAGCGCUCAUGUCAGAUAUGGUAAAGUCAACGGAUGCUUCCUGGUCAGAAACGAGGCGCACUCUUCGUAAAGACCACCGGUGGGAGUCUGUUGCUCUGCUGGAGCGACAUGAGAAGGAGAAAUUGUUUGAAGAACAUGUGGAGGCUCUUACCAAGAGGAAGAAGGAACAUUUCAGGCAGCUGUUGGAUGAGACCUCCAUGAUCACCCUAACAACCACAUGGAAGGAAAUGAAGAAGAUCAUCAAAGAUGACCCACGCUGCAUCAAGUUCUCCAGCAGUGAUAGAAAGAAACAACGGGAAUUUGAAGAUUACAUAAAGGACAAAUAUAUCACAGCCAAAGCUGACUUCAGAACUCUCCUGAAAGAAACCAAAUUCAUCACGUAUAGGUCACGGAAGUUGAUCCAAGAGUCAGACCAGCACCUAAAAGAUAUUGAGAAAGUCCUUCAAAAUGAUAAACGUUACUUGGUCCUAGACUGCGUCCCAGAAGAACGCCGCAAACUCAUCAUGUUCUACAUUGAGGACCUGGACCGCCGGGGACCCCCACCUCCCCCAACCGCCUCAGAACCCAGCCGCCGCUCCACGAAGUGAAGCCCUAGUGGACCUUAGAGGACUGAGUAUGAGCCAGCCCUGCACUCAUUAUAGCACAGUGUUAAAGACUUGUAUUUUUGAAAAGUCUGUGUUAUCUACUGAAACUGUGCAAGAUGAUGCCCACUAGUUGUAGGCUAGCACAAGGCAAAUUGUUAAUGUCAAUCUAUGAACUUCAGUCGUCAGGCAGGGAAUGCAUUUGUACUUGGUACUGCAGCCUCUUGUGAGCGUCUUGUGGAUUAUCAAUUGUAGCAGGCUGUUAAUACAACAGGCCAAUGCAGACAGUGUGAAACGAGUCGUGUACCUUGCAGUACAUGUGAAAUGUUUCUUAAAGUGGUUUGAUUUGGACUUGUUGCUAUAUUUCUGUAUGUGUUGAAUGGAAAUAAAUGCAAACUUUUUGUUUUUUUA